AUGAAUCUGGAAAUCGAAGAGAAAUCCCCAUGCGGCAAUUUCGUCCGGUACAAGAAAAUCCUGGGCAGAGGAGCGUUCAAAGACGUCUACAAAGCGUUCGACCAUUUGUCUAACAGAGAAGUCGCCUGGAGCCUGAUCUCCGUCGAGGAAGAAGAAGACUCGAAAACCUCGAAGAAGAAGAAUCUAGAGAAAUCCCUCUGCUCAGAAGCCGUCUUAUUGAAAUCCCUCAACCACAAAAACAUCAUGAAGUGCCACAGCUUCUGGUUCGACCGCCGCCGCAAAACCGUCAACAUCAUCACCGAGCUCUUCUCCGGUGGCAGCCUCCGCCACCACACCAAGAAACUCGGUUGUGCCGCCAUCGACCCGACGACCAUCAAAGCCUACGGCAGCCAGAUUCUAGAAGGCCUCCAAUACCUCCACACCCGAAGCCCUAAAAUCGUCCACCGCGACAUCAAGUCCGACAACAUAUUCGUCAACCCCACCACAGGCGAAGUUAAGAUCGGAGAUUUCGGACUGGCGUCAGAAAUAGAGCGGGACCCGCUCAGGUCAUUCGCGGGAACCCCCGAAUUCAUGGCACCCGAGUACUACGAAGAGGAGUACAACGAAUUGGUUGACAUUUACGCAUUCGGAUUGUGCUUGAUGGAGAUGGCCACUUGCGAGUGCCCUUACUCCGAAUGCACAAACCCCGCCCAGAUUUUCAAGAAAGUCACCACCGGAAUUAAACCAGCAGCUCUCGGAAAAGUCAAGGAUUAUGAAGUCAAGGAGAUUAUCGAAAAGUGCUUAUCACCAGUUUUUUCGAGGCCCUCUGCGAGUGAGCUAUUGAAAGAUCCGUUCUUUUCUUCGUCGAAUGGAACAGAAACAGCAAUGGAGGAGGAAUGUUCCGGAACAUCGAGUUCCCGUUCGGAAGUUUCAGAAGUUUCUACAGGAGGUGAAGACAGCAUGGAAGACUUGAUUCUUUCGGAUUUACGUACAUUGUACGAUGACAUGUCUUUGGGAGAGGUUGCUAAUAGUACAGUAGGCAAACCGCACAGCAGCUCCGAUUACUCUAUGAAUUCGAGAAUCACUUACGCUUCUUCGUCAUGUGCUGUGUCGAAGGAUUCGUGUUUCAUUGUAUCGAAACCAUCCUUGGACAUUUUUAUGCAUUGA